AUGCAGUGCUAUACAGAGCUGACGCCACCGACCGGCGUGCAGUACAGUCUUAGCCUGCCAUUUCUCUCAGCGCAAAGCAACAACCUGGUCGUCGCAAAGGGCUCUCUGCUGCAGAUCUUCACGACAAAGACAAUCUCUUCCGAGGUCGACACUUCGCAGACUCGGGAAAAACAGACCUCCAGGGCCGAAAACCCAUACGACCGCCGAUUGAAUGACGAUGACGGCCUCGAGUCUUCCUUUUUGGGCGGCGACGGCAUGCUGGUUCGCGCCGAUCGCGCCGUCAACACCAAGCUCGUGCUCGUUGCCGAAUACCCAAUCUUUGGUGUCGUAACGGGCCUCGCAAGAAUUAAAAUCCAACACUCGAAAUCAGGAGGCGAGGCUCUCCUCAUUGCUACAAGAGUUGCUAGACUGAGCCUGGUUCAGUGGAAUUCCGAGAAACACGCACUCGAGGACAUCUCUAUUCACUACUACGAGAAAGAAGAAUUGCAAGGCUCUCCUUUCGACGGCCCGCUGGCCAACUACCGAACACAUCUUGCCGCCGAUCCUGGCUCGCGAUGCGCGGCCCUCAGUUUUGGCCCCAGAUACAUCGCCUUUCUCCCCUUCAAGCAAGCCGAUGAGGACAUAGAUAUGGAUGACUGGGAUGAAGAUGUGGAUGGGCCUCGGCCGGCAAAAGAGCCGCCAACAACAGCAGCCACAAAUGGAACUAGCAACAUAGCAGAUGUACCAUACUCAACAUCAUACGUCCUCCCUCUACCCCAGCUUGAUCCCAGUCUCCUUCAUCCUGUGUACCUCGCCUUCUUGCAUGAGUACAGAGAGCCUACUUUUGGUAUCAUCUCCUCGACGCAACGGCGCUCCAACACCCUACCUCGAAAGGACCACUUCUCGUACAAGGUCUUCACUCUCGACCUGCAACAGAGGGCUUCAACCGCCAUUCUCUCCGUCAACAACCUCCCGCAGGACCUCUUCAAGGUUGUCGCUUUACCAGGCCCCGUGGGAGGGGCCCUUCUAGUUGGCACAAACGAAUUAAUACACAUCGACCAGUCCGGAAAGCCCAAUGGCGUAGCUGUUAAUGCUUUCACGAAGGAGACGACGAAUUUUCCUCUUGCCGACCAAUCCGAUCUGGACCUGAGGCUCGAGCAUUGCCACAUCGAGCUUAUGUCCGCCGAGAACGGGGAGUUGCUCAUGGUGCUGAGCGACGGUCGCCUAGCCAUCAUCACCUUCAAAAUCGAUGGGCGCACGGUCUCAGGAGUCAGCGUCAAGCCGGUGGCAGCAGAAGUUGGCGGCAAUAUUGUGCAAUGCAGCGUUUCAACCAUUUCCAAGCUUAGUAGGAACGUCUUCUUUGUUGGAAGCACAGGCAGUGACUCUCUUGUUCUUGGCUGGACGCGGAAACAAGCUCAAAACGCACGGAGAAAAACCCGAUUGGUGGACGACUCAUUCGAAUACGACCUCGAGGACGAAGAUAUGGAUGACGGCGACGACGACGAUCUCUACGGCGAGACGACAACAACGAUGAUUCAGCCUGGAGCGACGGCCAACGGAGUUUCCAAGGGAGGGGAUCUGACGUUCCGUGUUCAUGACUCUUUGCUGAGCAUUGCUCCGGUCAAGGACAUGACCUCGGGUAAACAAGCUUUCAACCCAGAUAGUGAAGAAGCAAACAAUUCGGUUGGUGUCGUGGCCGACCUCCAGCUCGCAUGUGUCGUGGGCAGAGGCAAUGCUGGGGCCGUCGCCAUCCUGAACCAGAACAUCCAGCCCAAGGUGAUCGGCAAGUUCGAGUUUCCAGAGGCGAGAGGCUUCUGGACCAUGUGCGUCCAGAAACCUGUUCCGAAGUCCCUGCAGGGAGACAAGGGGGCCAAUGCAGCCGUUGGCAGCGAAUUUGAUGCCUCGUCUAUAUAUGACAAAUUCAUGAUUGUUUCCAAGGUUGAUCUAGACGGCUAUGAGACGUCAGACGUUUAUGCUCUUACAGGCGCCGGGUUUGAAGCGUUGACAGGGACGGAAUUCGACCCAGCUGCGGGCUUCACUGUCGAGGCUGGCACGAUGGGAAAGCAUAUGCGCAUUAUCCAGGUUCUCAAGUCUGAAGUGCGCUGCUAUGAUGGAGAUUUGGGGCUCAGCCAGAUUCUGCCAAUGCUCGACGAAGAGACGGGUGCUGAGCCGAGGGUCGUCAGUGCCAGCAUCGCUGACCCCUACCUUCUUCUGGUUCGAGAUGAUUCGAGCAUCAUGGUGGCCCAAAUAGACAACAACUGCGAGCUGGAAGAGGUUGAAAAGCAGGACGAUGCCAUUCUGUCAACAAAGUGGCUUGCGGGAUGUCUGUAUGCGGACACGACAGGCCGGUUUGCCCCAGUUCAAACCGACAAGGGUACGCCAGAAGGCCAGAACAUCUUUAUGUUUUUGCUCAGCGCCGCGGGCGCUCUAUAUAUAUAUGCACUUCCGGAUCUAUCUAAGCCUGUCUACGUUGCAGCAGGCUUGACUUACGUCCCCCCUCUUCUCUCCGCCGACUACGCCGUCAGACGAGGCACCGUUCAGGAGACGUUGACUGAGCUCUUGGUGGCCGAUCUCGGGGACACUACUACUACUUCACCAUACCUCAUCCUUCGUCAUGCGAAUGACGACCUUACAAUUUACGAACCCAUCCGCCUUGAAUCACAAGACAAGACUGUGGGGCUCUCAAAGACUCUACACUUCCAAAAGAUCACAAACCCAGCCCUCGCAAAGAGUCCUGUUGAAGUUGCCGACGAUGAAGCUAACGAGCAGCCGCGCUUUGUCCCACUCAGGCCCUGCCCCAACAUCAACGGGUACAGCACCGUCUUCUUACCCGGCGCCUCACCAUCUUUCAUCAUCAAGUCCUCCAAAAGCAGCCCGAAGGUUAUUGGCUUGCAGGGUAUUGGUGUUCGUGGCAUGAGCUCAUUCCACACCGAGGGCUGUGAGCGCGGCUUCAUCUACGCCGACUCGGAGGGCCAGACCCGCGUCACUCAGCUGCCCGCCGACACCAACUUUACCGAGCUAGGUGUCGCGGUGCGCAAGAUUCCCAUUGGUGAUAACGUCGGCCUGAUCGCCUACCACCCGCCCAUGGAGACGUACGCUGUCGCAUGCAGCGUCUUGGAGCGCUUCGAGCUGCCAAAGGACGAUGACUACCAUAAGGAAUGGGCCAAGGAGGCGACCACCAGUUACCCCCAGACCGAGCGAGGCAUCAUCAAGCUGAUGAGCCCGACGACCUGGUCCGUCAUCGACACCGUCGAGCUCGAGCCCCACGAGGUUGCCAUGUGCAUGAAGACACUCCACCUGGAAGUGUCCGAGGAGACCAAGGAGCGCCGCAUGCUCAUCACCAUCGGCACUGCAAUCAACCGCGGCGAGGACCUGCCCAUCCGCGGCCGCAUCCUCGUCUACGACGUUGUCCCCGUUGUGCCGCAGCCGGGUCGUCCCGAGACGAACAAGAAGCUCAAGCUUGUCGCCAAGGAAGAAAUUCCCCGUGGCGCCGUCACUGGCCUCUGCGAGGUGGGCUCGCAGGGUCUCAUGCUCGUCGCCCAGGGCCAGAAGUGCAUGGUCCGCGGCCUCAAGGAAGACGGCACCCUUCUGCCCGUCGCCUUUAUGGACAUGAACUGUUACGUCACUGCUGUGCGUGAGGUACGCGGCACGGGCUACUGCCUCAUGACUGACGCUUUCAAGGGCGUAUGGUUUGUGGGGUACGCCGAGGAGCCCUAUAAGAUGAUGCUGUUCGGCAAGAGCACCGGCAAGUUCGAGGUCCUGACGGCUGACUUCAUCAUCGCUGGGGAUGAGCUACACAUCGUCGUGUGCGACAAGGACGGCGUGAUCCACGUGAUGCAAUUCGAUCCCGAACAUCCCAAAUCGCUCCAGGGCCAUCUCCUCCUGAACCGCGCUUCCUUCUCCGCGGCACCGAAUCACCCUACCACUACACUCUCCCUCCCGCGAACUCCCGCCUCCACGGCCACAACGUCGGCAACUAAAAACCCGCCCACGACCCUCCUCCUCGCCUCCCCGACGGGCGCUCUUGCGUCCCUUACGCCCCUCUCGGAGCAGGCAUACCGCCGCCUGACAUCCCUCGCCAACAGCAUCGCCGGCGCCCUCCCGCACGCGGCAGCCACGAAUCCCAAGGCCCACCGUCUGCAGCCCCUCGAUGCGCGCACCCCUGGCGUUGAUACGAGCGCGGGGCGUAGCAUCGUCGACGGCGCCCUGCUCGCGCGCUGGAACGAGCUCGGCGCCGGUCGCAGGUCUGAGGUUGCCGGCAAGGGUGGCUACGGCGACGUCCUCGAGGUUCGAGGCGAGUUGGAGGGCGUCCUUGGGUGGAACGGCAUGGCGUUUUUCUAG